GCGGGCGGCAGCGGCGCGCCGCCGAGCGUCAACACUGCCACCAACCUCCACCACAGAAGAAGAAUCCGGCAGUAGGAUGCAGAGAGAUGGGUCUACCUGAAUCUUGCUGACCUUUGAUUGGCCCCUCCAGCCGUCCGUCAACAUGCAGGGAUUCUACUCCAAGCUCGACUCGUCCCCGUCCUCGUCCCCGCUGCUGGGGGUGGGUAUGGGGGGAGAUGGCGGUCCGGUUCCCCUCAGCCUGGCGGUGGAGACGGAGAAAGCCCAGGCGCUCCUCCAGACCUUCAGCUCUGCCUCCCUGCUGGCCUCAGCAGGUCUGGGGAUGUUCUGCGUGGUGGCCGACCACGCCCUCCAGCUGUCCGUCAUCCAGCACCACCUGUGGCUGCGCGCCGCCUUGGACAACGCCACGCACGGAUUGGUGGGUCUGUGGUCGUGGGCCGUCGUCAUUGGACUGAGGAAAAAGAGCGAUCUGUAUGAGGUGCUGCUGGCCGGACUUCUGGCAUCAAUCAUAGACCUGGACCACUUCUACAUGGCUGGAUCCCUGUCCCUGAAGGCUGCCGUCUCCCUCCCCCAGCGCCCCCCUCUCCACUGCUCCUCCCUCAUCCCGGUCAUCUGUCUCACCCUCCGCUUCCUCAUGUGGAUCGGACGCCUCAAAGACGCGUGGUGCUCGUUGCCGUGGAUGCUCUUCAUCUCCAUGGCGACGCACCACGUCCGGGACGCCGUGCGCCACGGCCUGUGGGUGUGUCCGUUCGGCAACACGGCGCCGCUCCCCUAUUGGCUGUACGUCAGCACCACGGCGACGCUGCCUCACCUGUGCUCGGUGCUGAUGUACCUGACAGGAACCAGAGACGUGAUCUCCACCAAACACGGGGUGGCCAUCGACGUGUAGAGGAGACACCAGGAGGAAAACUUCUUUAAUACUUGAAACCAUCAGAGGAAACAUCUCUGAAGAAAAACGCUGAAUUGUUUUUUUUGUUUGGUCAGAAAAGGACGAGAGAACGGUUGCUAUGGAAACAGAAAACGCUUCUGAAAAUGUGGGUUUUCGAGGACGGAGACGCGUGUACAAUAGAGAACGACCUUUUAAACAUUCCAGUACGAGUGGCAGCCGUGGACUCUUUCUGCUGUACGUGGAUACGUGUGGGAGUGACCCUUUAAAGCUUCUGCAGCUCCAUCAGACCUUCUGCUGUCUGCUCAUCUACACAAACCCUGAAACACAUUCACACACCGAGCUAUCACCAGUCACAUUUUACCAUCACCAUCCAGAAGAACCAAAGGUCCACCAGCGGCUGCAGGACGCUGACGUGUUGUUAGAACCAGAACCAACGGUCUGAUCUCCUGCUGUGCAUUGAACUGGUUUAAAGACAUCCGAUGCACACGUGGAGUUUUUGUAAGGUUUUUUAUAGAUCACUGUCACAUUCCACAGAAGGACAGAUCAGUCACAGCUAAAGGAAUCCAUCACCUCUCAGACUCAUUCAGCUGCUUGGAGGAACCUCACAGUCCAGAAACCAGAACAUUUCCUUCAGGAGACCCUGGUCUGGAGCAGGAUGUUGAAGCUGUGGUGAUGCUUAGAGGUAAAAGCUGGACAUGGAUGCAGGAACCAGAGGAACUACCUGGUCCAUCUGCUGCUGUGAGAGGAUUCCACUGUGCAGACUCUGUGCUCAACCUGCUGAACAACACACAUCACUAGCUGGUGUUCCUGGCUUCCUGCUCUUUUCUUUCUUAUCAAACAUUAAAGUCAGUUAUUACAGGAGAAUCUGUGAUGAACAUUCAGUGUUUAAUGUCAGUGUGAGGUUGAUGGUGUCCACAGUGACAGAACAGAGAAAGGGAAGCUGACCAGAUGCUCCAUGGCAGCAGUAAUGUAGUCAGACCACAUGUUCAUUGAAUGAAAUAUAAAACAGAGAACAGCAAUGGCUGUAUGAUGUUCCAUUAUUCUGCUGUACAGUUCAGUCUACAUGAUGGAAGCUCCUGUUAGUUCUGGGGUUAUGGAAGCUUAAGGAUUUGGAGUUUUUAAUGUAUUAUUUAUUAAAAUGAAUUCUUCACGUGAAUACUGUCCUCCACUUAGACAAUAGAGAGUCAUUCCACUGUAGAGUCAUUAACAGUAUUAUUUAUAAUAACAGGUUGUAUUAUUAUUAUGGGAUGUAGAAGUCUGAGUGUCAGCUACACGUUCUCAGUGUAGGAGGAUGGAGGACUCAGAAAGCUCCUGAUCAUGGGACUCAAAAGUUUCCACAACAAAUGUUUUAUUUUUACGGUUUUGUGAUUCAGGUUGUAGUGAAGGCGUCUGUCCACCAGGUGGCGGCUUUAGUUCCACUUUUAAUGUUGAUCUUUGAGUUUCUUUCGAUGAAGAUGAGUCAGAGUGAAGCGUCGGGACUUUAAAAUGAGUAAGACAAGGAUGAGGACGUUAAUGUGGCUCUGAUCAGGUCCUAGAUGACUAACUGUCCAUGUGGGUUCAUUUAAAAACUGUGGGUUUUUUUUUCUUGUUUUGAUGGUUUUAAUUCAUAAAAGUGCAUUUUUUGGGUGGUUUUAAUGUGUUAAAGUGUAUUUUUUGUUCAUGCAUUCUGUGUUUUUUGCUUUGCUGCUGCUGCACUAUCAUCUGUAUCUGAACUACUGUAAAUAUGAAGGACUGGAGUUCAUGUUUUUGCUGCAGAAGAUACAGAAAAGGGAUGGAAGUGAAAGAAAAUGACUAGAAAGCUGGAGUUUAAGUGAAGCUAAUUCACGGUUUUCUAAUGACAGCCAGGUUCCACUAAAACAACGCCACAGCUGAUGGAUGGAUUUAUUACUGCUGCUUUUAUCUACAUCGUGAAUUUAAUUCAUGCAAUAUGUUGAAUUUUGCACAUUUUAAGUUUUUUAUGUUUGAAUUCUGUUUUGUUAAAUCUGUUUUUGGAUUGAACACUUUUUAUUUGUAAAGUCAGAAAGUAAACGUAGUAAUAAGGAUUUAACAAGUUUUAAUGUCGUGUUCUUUUCUCUCAAUAAAAUAUAUCCAUACAUGC